AUGGCAAAUAACCCAGCUUCCACGAUUACAUCAGAGACAAACGCCCUCCUCAAGGAGCACAGCACCCAGCAACCAACAACAAUCACCGGCAAACCCCUCAAAUACCACCACGACAACUCCGUCGGCAUAAUGAACAGCGAAAGCGGAGGUUUCACAGGCGGCCCACCCAACCUCUUACCACCAGCGUUCACAGACGACAGCCUCGUCCGCAUUCCCAUCAGGAUGAGCGAUAUCUACGGCACCGAAGUUCAAGUGCCGAAGAAGAAGAACGGCUUCUUUCGCAGGAGAUCUAGUGUGGCCGACGAGAUAAAGGUAGUAAUGAUGUCGCGGGGCGAGUAUUUGAAGUAUUGGGUGAAGGGGGAGGAUGGGAAGUUCGCGGGUUUGGUGGUAGAGCCUGUGGAAGGAAGGCAGAUGUGGUUUGAAAAACAACUUCAGUUGAACCAGAAGUGGGUCGAGGAGGACCCGUCGUUAGGGAAGCGUCUACACGAUGUCUCGCUUUUGGAGAUAUGGCGUGUGCUAGCUGCCACUCCGUGCGGCCAAAACGAGGUCCCACUGGACUGGUUGCAGGUGGCCUUAAGUCAGACUGACCUCAAGCGCAUUCUGCGGAGCGAAAGUCCAGUAGAUGAACAGCGGACAGAACGUCUCAGGCCCUCCUUCGUCACCGCUUGA